CCUCACUUUCCAUUCCGACAACCUUCCGGGUUAAUAACCCUUGAGCGCACCACUAAGUUACUGGUUUUGGACUGCUGUUUUCGUCUCACCAAUGACGGAGAUCAAUGUUGGCCAGGACUUGAUAGAUACACGGCAAACGAUUUAUGUUGGGAUCGCAGGUUUCACCAUAUUGGUUUGGGAUCACCUGAUCACCAGCGCAAAUGAGAUCGAAUUAAUCUGGCAAGGCCCUAAAGGAAUUAAUGGAUACUUGUUUCUACUGAACCGGUAUCUUACUCCUCUUGGCUUUAUUGUUAACCUGGUUGCAUACAACCUACCUACAUGGGGCUACACAAGUUGUGGGCAUUUCGUUCGAUACGAAGGGGCCAUGACAGCCAUAGGUAUAGAGAUAGCCGGGGUAAUGAUGCUAUUACGUGUCUAUGCGAUGUAUAAAUAUCAACGGGCUGCCAUUGCUGUGGCGGUGUUCUUACUGCUAGCCUGGAUUGUAGUGACUGCAUGGCUAGUGUAUCAUGGUCAACCCGUUUAUCACCCAAGCAAUGUACACUCAUGUACUAUGGUGUUCGAAUCCGGCAAGAUUGCUUCGGCUUCAGCUUGGUUACCUCUUCUGUAUGACACUUAUGUGUUUGGGUUGACGUUGUACCGCACGCUUCCUUCGAUCCGCUAUAAAGAAGCAGGGUAUAUUGUUCGCAGUCUCUUCGCAGACGGGCUACUGUACUACAGCGUCAUCUGCACUAUCAAUUUGAUAUUGACAAUCAUGCUCAUCAGAGCUCCAGAGGGGGUUCAAAAUAUCGCAGUACAGCUUGAGCUUUGUCUCACUGUCACAAUGAUGUCAAGGAUCACUCUACACAUCAAGAAGCAAGCAUUUCAUGGACCUAGUCCUCACCACUCGCAGAUUGACAGUAUCAUUAUGUCCACACGCAAUGCCAUACCCACACCCUCAGGGGGAGUUGUCAUUCCCAGCCGAUUACGAUCCCAUUAUGUCUCCUCUGCGCGCGCCUCGAGUACCCGCGUGCGAUCUGGCUCUGCAAUUGUCCCUCCUGUGCGAACCAUCACUUUUGCAGAGAAUCCAUCACUCUACACCACCCGGCCUUACUUGAACACAAUAUUUUCGGCUGCCAAUACCCCAAGUGGCAGUCUAGUUAGCGAACAUGCCGACUGGCCAGUCUCAAAUUUCGACCAUCAAAAGACUGCUGACAUUGUAUGA